ACGAAGAAUUACAUUCUUACAUCUAUAAUUUGAAACAAAUUGGACAUAUAAUUAACCAAUCAUAUUUGAGUAUUUUUCUCACAUUUGAUUAUGAUUGGAGCCAUAAUGGUUCCUGCUGGAGUACGUUCCAAAACGCAAUCUUGGUUAGUAAGAGCUACAGCUUAUGUCACGGGUAUUAUAGAUUUUCAAUAACCAAGUUGCGUUUUAGAACGUACUCUUGAUAGUUCAUUCAAUGUUCUAGCUUGCCUACUUGAGUACGUACUACAUUUACACGUGAAUUGCAGCAGAAGAGUAAUUAUUUGGUUAAAAAUUUUAUACUUAAGAAUUUUAUAAGUAUAGUAAAAAGUUUAAGAGUUUUGUUUUAGAUAACAUGGAACAAAUGUCUGCAUUUUCUGUACAUCUAGCAAAACAGAAAAAUAUGAAACAGAAGUUGAAUAAUGAAAAAAGAAAACAAGGGCAUAAUGAAAAGAAAUUGAAAAAUUCAAAUCAAAAGUAUAAAAAAAAUGAAGAUGUUCAAGGAACAGUUAUAAAUCAACAGAUACAAGAAGAAGAAAGAAAAAUAAAAUUUGAAAGAAAAUUAAAUGCUGUCAAUAAUGGGAAAAAAAUAGACAAAGAAUUAAAUAGAAAACUGAAAAAUGCAAUAAAGAAAUCGAAAAAGAAGAAUAAACAAAUUUUUAAGAAAAAGAAAAUUACUCAGAUGAUUGAUAUUGCAUCGAUAAAGAAUAUUGAAAAAAAAGAUAGUAAAAAUAUAUCGAAAAAUAUAAUGAAGAAAGAUAUAUUAGACUCAUUAAAUCGUGGAUGCAUGUCUGAUGAUGAAGUACAUAUAGAUUAUAUUUUUAAAGAUCCUUUCCAAUUUAGUCAAGAAUUGUUUCAAUUCUUAAUACAUCCUUUAGAUGUAAAAAAGUUCUUUAAUCAAAAUUGGGAAACGAAAUACUUGUUCGUGAACAGGGAUAAACCUGAUUAUUACAAGAAGCUCAAUGUAUCAACAGCUAUGUUGGAUAAAAUAUUGAGAAAGAAACAUGUUCAAUUUACUAAAAAUAUUGAUAUUACAUCCUAUUCUUCUGAAGGGAAAGAGCUCCAUAAUCCUCCUGGUCGUGCUCAUCCCUCUGUUGUUUGGGACUAUUAUUUGAACGGAUGCUCCAUAAGGAUGUUAAAUCCUCAAACAUUUUUUCCUAAUGUUUUUUCAUUGAAUGCAACAUUACAGGAAUUCUUUGGUUGCUUUGUUGGUGCUAACUUGUAUCUCACGCCUCCUGGCAGUCAAGGUUUUGCACCCCACUAUGAUGAUGUAGAAGUAUUUAUAUUGCAACUCGAGGGUCAAAAGCUAUGGAAACUGUAUACACUCGAUGCAAAGCACUCUUUGCCGAGAUAUUCCUCUAAGGAUUUUGAUCAAGAGGAGAUUGGAGAACCUAUACUAGAAGAACUUGUCAAGCCUGGAGAUUUAUUGUAUCUACCGCGGGGAACUAUUCAUCAAGCAAAAACUCUCAAUGAUUCUCACAGUUUGCAUCUCACAAUAAGUGUAUAUCAGAAAAACAGUUGGUGUGAUUUUCUUGAGAAGCUACUCCCGCAAGCUCUGAAAAAAGCUACCGAAAAUGAUGUUCGUUUUCGUAUGGGAUUGCCUCUGAAUUUUCUAAAAUACAUCGGUAGUGCAUAUGAUACAAGUGGCUUCAAAGAAGGUUUUGAAAAAAUCACAAAAAAUUUCAUCAUUGAGCUAAUAAAACACAUUGACAUUGAGAACGUGGCUGAUUUGAUGGCCAAAGAUCAUAUCCAUGAUUUUCUGCCUCCCAUGCUCUUUAAGAACGAACAAAAAUGUUCAGUGCUAAGAGGCGGUAAAGUCAUGGUUGAAAACGGAUAUGUUAAGAAAUGUGCGAAAAUAACGCUUCAAACAGAAGUACGAUUAUUAAGAUUACAUUGCAUAAGAUUGGUGAAAGAGGAUAUAUAUAAGAUAUAUUAUUCCACUCACAAUUCUGCAGAAUAUCACGAGAUUGAAUCACAAUAUCUAGAAGUUGAUGAAUGCAAUGUACGUGGAAUUAAGCAAUUAAUAAAAUCUUACCCUAAUUUUAUACUUUUGGAUCAUCUAUUGUUCGAGGAUGAUUUUGCAAAGGUUCAAAUAGCAACAGAUCUUUGGGAUUUAGGUUUAAUCAUAACGAAAGAACCUAUAUAGAAUAUAAAUUAAGUGCAUGUAUAAGAAUUGUGCAUUGUAUAUAUUUGUCUAUAAUUCUAUAUUCAUCUGCUUUAAAAAUAAAUUUUUGAUCCUUUUUCUGCAAGGAAUAAGUAAUAGUAAUAAAUGUUAUUAUUUAAAAUAAAACAUGCCCACAAUUAUGUUCUGUGAAUAUCUAUUGUAAAUCAGUAUACCAACAAUCGUUGGUUACGUUUUAUGAUUCAUAUAGUUUCUGCAAC